AUGGCCCAAAGCCAAGAUAUAUGCAUAGACCAUGUCAUCCGCAGACUGGCAAAUACCCACACAGACACUGUCCUCCUCUCCUAUCCUUCUCUUGAGGGACACUAUGACAACUACACCGGGGAGGGUCUCAAAGAUGUGACGGAUGCUGCCAUCAGCGCCUUGCCCUCCUGGCUGAAGGAUAUCGCCAGGAAUGGAGGAGCAAGAGAGGCGAGCGAGGUGGUGGUUGGAGUAGUAGGUGUCUCGAACCUAGAAUGCUACAUUGCAUUCCUUUCCCUUCAGCGCCUGGGGAUAACGACAAUGUUGAUGUCACCACGCCUCGCUGAUCAGGGGUUUGCCCACCUAAUACGGACACUGGGCUGUAAGAUAGUCAUGGCAUCUGGGGCUUCCCUCGAGGUGCUCGCCCGUGUCAGAGACUCGGCUCAACUGGAUGUGGAAAUCAUCCCGAUGGUCGAGGUAAAGGAGCUGAAGAAUUACCGACACGACAAAAUUGAUGAAAUACGUGCCCUGGACCCCCGAAAUGACGACGAGACACCCGGUAUCAUUAUCCACACUGGGGGCACAACAGGACUUCCCAAACCGGUGAAACUUCGUUCAGCGGUCUGGAUUCGACAGGCCAUCGCCGUAACAUACCGACUGCUGUUCAAUUUUGACAUGCUCAGCACCUUGCCCAUAUUCCACAGUUUUGGGCUAGCAACUAUGAUCCGCUGUCUAACCACUGGAAGACGGUUAUCUCUUCUCCAUGCAUCAAGACCCAUCACCGUCUCGAGCAUCAUCGCGGGGCUCGACAAGACGCAGGCCAUGGCAUUGGCUACGGUGCCCUAUAUUCUGAAGUUCUUCAGUGAGACUGAGGGAGGCGUGGAACGUCUGGCCCAGCUAAGUAGAGUCGUGGUAGGGGGUGCUGCCACACCGGAUGAGUUGGGAGAGCGUCUUAUAGGCGCGGGUGUGAAGCUCAUCAGCGCCUACGGACAAACCGAGUGCGGAGCCUUGAUGGAACAAUCGGCCGACCAGUGGAAUUGGUACGUGGCCAUGCCGCACAACGAAAGCUUCUUGAAAUUCGAGCCGGUGGAAGACAAUCUAUACCACCUGAUCAUCCUUCCUGGCCUGGCGACGAAGGUCUUGUCGAACCGCCCGGACGGUUCGUACGCCUCUAAUGACUUGUUUCGAUCACAUCCAACCGACCCACGCAAGUGGAAGUUUGUCUCGAGGUAUGACGACAUUAUUGUGCUCUUGAAUGGUGAAAAUGCGGAUCCGGCCCCUAUCGAACAAGCCGUAGCGAGCAAUCCUAAUAUUCGAGUCACUAUAGCUUUCGGUGCCGGCCGGGAUUCACUGGGGCUUCUGGUAAUCCCCUCAAGCAAUGCAUCAGGGCUUUCUCGCGAAGAGCUCGUACGCAGCAUCGUACCAAAUCUUGAAAGGGGCAACGCACUCGUCUCUGCGUAUGCGAGGGUAGCCCCUGACGACGUCCUCGUUGCGAGUCCGGAAACAGAGGUGCCCAUGACGGACAAGUCUACGGUGCAACGAUCUGUGCUCCUCCGACAGUUUGCUGCCGAAAUCGAAAGUCACUAUAUCAAGAGGGAGAGCUCGAAUGCUCAUGGCGGCCAAGCAGACCUCUCGGACGUUGAAGUCGCGCAAGUCGUACGCCGCUGUGUCGAGACGGAGUUACGACAGGAGGAAACCGACGAAAAGACACCAUUGUUAGUAAAUACCGACUUCUUUUCACUGGGCAUGGACUCUUUGCAAACCUCACGAAUACGCGCCCGCCUGCUCCGCAACAUUGAUAUGCGUGGACACCACCUAGCUACCAAUGUUAUUUUUGAUUAUCCUAGCAUCAGCCUACUUGCGGAACACAUCAUCAACAUUCACAAGGGCCAUAAAAAAAUCACCAGACCCACUCAAGCUGCUGCGGAGGAGCUUGUGCACAAGUACAGUCAAUUUGCCUCUGUGGAGGCGGGUACUGUUAGAAUGGGUUCCCAACGAGUUCUCCUCACCGGUGCAACGGGAUUCAUCGGUUGUCACGUUCUACAUUCCUUACUUGCACAGGAAAACGUAUUCCAAGUGUAUUGCCUCGUCCGAGCCACCUCGGACGACGCAGCAGCUUCACGCAUUGAGAAAGCCCUUCAGGAUGCAGGUAUAUAUGACGAGAAACAAAGCUACAAAAUCAAAGCACUGGCAUGCAACCUCGGCGACGAUCACCUGGGACUUUGCCGCAGUCAGUACGAAUCAAUGCAGAUAUCCGUGACCACCGUAAUUCACGCAGCGUGGGCCGUUAACUUCAACAUGAAGCUGGAGAGUUUCGAAACCCCAUCGAUUGCGGGUGUGUCACACCUGCUGAACCUCGCGAUGCGUUCACCACUCGAGCCAAAGCCGACAUUUGCCUUCAUCUCUAGUGUUGCGGCCGUGAUGCGGGCCAGGCCAUUACCCAUCCGCGAGGUUCGGCACGGGUGGGCUGGUGUUUCGGAAAUGGGCUAUGGGCAGUCCAAGUGGGUUGCUGAAGAGGUGUGCUCAGCCGCCGCUGAACAUUGUGGCUUACCGGUGCAGAUCAUCCGUGUUGGUCAAGUGGCGGGCGACACAAGAUAUGGCAUCUGGAACCCGUCCGAGGCGAUUCCUGCCACCGUGCAGAGUGCAUUGACUAUUGGAGCCCUUCCCAUCAUCGAGAGUGGUGACCAGGAGAACUACUGGAUCCCUGUUGACAUUGCUGCUUCAAUCAUUGUGCAGCUCGCACUUCCUAGCCGACAGGCCCCUGGUGCUACCAAGCAAUCACUCUCCAUCUUUCAUGUCGUCAAUACAGUACCUCUUCGCUGGAACACGGAGUUCUUGCCUACACUUCAAAGACACGGCCUUUCCUUUGAGAUGAUCCCCGGGCGUGAGUGGGUGCAUAGACUGGAGAAGUCCAACCCGGACCUGCGGCUCAAUCCCCCCUAUCGACUGUUGGAGUUCUUCAAGCAGAGGUACGGACACAUCGGAGACGAAGAAGAUGGAGACUUGCGGUUGGAUAUCGCCAAGUCACGACAAGCGGCGGCGGCUUUGGACAGCGGUUUCGCGAUUGACGAUGAGCUGGUGGGAAAGUUUCUCAAAUACUGGACCUUGAGCUCGUGGCAGGGAUCAAACACGAAGUCAAAUGGUACGGCUGCCCUGCAUGGCAAAAUUGUUGUGCGCUGA